AUGGCUUGGAGUCAUCUCGACAUCACCAAGCCGCACUUGGUGUACAUUAUCCUUGGCGGCUUUACUUCUCUUUUCAUGCUAUGCUCCUCUGUUAUUAAGGAACGCAUGUACAUUGGUGAAGCUACAGUCGCUACCCUUUGUGGAGUUAUCUUUGGUCCUCAUGCUGCCAACCUCAUUGACCCUCAAUCAUGGGGCUCAACCGAUAUCGUCACCGUUGAGUUCUCGCGAAUUGUUCUCGUUGUACAAUGUUUCGCCGUUGGUGUCGAAUUGCCAAAGUUCUACAUGGAGCGCCAUUGGAAGUCUGUCAUCUUUCUCCUGAUACCAGUCAUGACGUUCGGCUGGCUCAUUACCAGUCUUGUCAUUUUCUGGAUGAUCCCACCUCUGGAUUGGCUUGACAGUCUUGUUGUAGCUGCCUGCGUUACUGCUACCGAUCCUGUUCUAGCAUCAUCUGUUGUUGGUAAGGGAAAGUUUGCUAAGCGAGUACCCAAGCAUCUUCGAGAUUUGUUGUCCGCUGAGUCUGGCUGUAACGAUGGCAUGGCGUUCCCAUUCAUCUAUCUGUCUCUCUACUUGAUCCAGUUCAAGCGUGAUGCUCAAGACGUGAGCUUCCACUUCGUUGUAUACGUCCUCCUAUACGAGUGUAUCUUUGGUGCUAUCUAUGGCUUCGUCAUUGGCUAUAUUGCCCGCCACGGUAUCAGAUACGCCGAGAAGCGUGACCUGAUUGAUCGCGAGAGUUUCCUGGUCUUUUACUUCGUUGUUGCGCUCUGGUGCGCCGGCUCGGGUAGUAUUCUGGGCAUGGACGAUUUGCUGGUCGGUUUCGCUGCAGGAGUGGGCUUCUCAAACGAUGGUUGGUUUGGCGAAAAGACUGAAGAAUCACACGUUUCCAACGUUAUCGAUCUUUUGCUUAACUUGACUUAUUUCGUUUACUUUGGAACCAUCAUUCCAUGGGAGCAAUUCAACAAUGGUGUUUUCGGUUUGGUCGCUUGGCGACUGGUGGUAAUUGCCAUUUUCGUGCUGCUGUUCCGCCGAAUUCCCAUUAUGCUGGCUUUGAAACCCCUUAUACCAGACGUCAAAACAUGGCGUGAAGCCUUGUUCGCUGGCCAUUUCGGUCCAAUUGGUGUGGGCGCCAUUUUCGUUGCCAUUUUGGCCAGAGCUGAACUCGAGCAUGAAGAGCCAGUACCUCUAGCUCAGUUGCCACCCGAGAACACUGAACACUAUGAGCUCAUUUAUCUUGUGUGGCCUAUUGUGAGCUUUCUGGUUGUUACAUCUAUUCUCGUCCAUGGAUCCUCCAUUGCUGUUUUCACCCUUGGAAAACGCAUCAACACACUGAGUCUGACAAUGUCAUACACAGCUGCUCCUGAAGACGGUCCUACGUGGAUGAACCGGUUGCCCCGAAUUUCAUCCCAAUCUAGGUCUCAGGCGAGGUCCAUGUCCGAAGUGUCUAUCGAUGAAGAGAAAGGACCACAGUUCCCUCCUGAUGCUGCGAUUCCAAACAGUGGUCCUUACAGUCACUUGUUGCGCAGACAGCGAGAUCAAAAUGAAAGCCGUUCGCCCUCCGUUGUCUCACGGAAACGUAAGAACAAGAACUGGGAUGACGAUCUUGGCCCUGGCGGUCCAAUUGCUCAGUCUGCAAUUUUCCCCCAACGGCAAUCGUCCACACUCAUGUCCCCCAACGAACAGCACGAUCAAGACGAAUUUCCCUCACAAGACAACACCGAAUCAACCCUGGCUGCCGAUGAUAGCUCCAAGGAAAGGAACUCUGAUAGAAUUGAACAGGCAGGAGAGAGCCCUGCGGGCAGCAGUGGUCAGAAGACUCCUCCUAAGCCUGUAAACAUCUACGAGGAGGGUCACGAAAUGGUAUUCGAGAACCAGGAUGGAGAUGUGCUUGACGUUGAGCCCGCGCCGGACUCUCAUCGGGAGGACGAGAACCACGUGCCCAUCACAGCUGUCAAACCAGAACAUGACAAGCUGUGGACUGUUGCUGGUUUUAAGAAGAGAGUGGGUGAGGUCUACAAUACCGAGAUGGAGAAGCGUAAAGACAAGGGCCAGGAUCGACGACAUGAACCUGCCAGAGCUUACCAGUUUGGAAACACGAUUAUUGUUGAAGAUGCAGAUGGUGAAGUUGUUAAGACCUAUGAACUGCCUGCAGCCAAUGGCGGGGACUCUGAAGCUGGUCCCAGCACAUCUGGUGAAAAGCCCGCCGGUAAACAUGGCUGGGCUAAUUUUGGAGGUGUAUUUGGAGGCAACCACGCAAAUGAGCAAAAUAGGAAGAAGUCGGUUGCAGAGACUCAAGCUGCUGAUGACAAGGCUAUUCGCUUCACGAUUGGUGGUGUUGGUCAGCGCAUGACCAAGGAGGACUUUAUUCGCGAAGUGCAGAAGCUGGAUUCACGAACAAGGAAAGAGGUUGUUGAGCAGUCGGAUGCAUCACAGGCUCUCAAGAAGGUCGCCAAGCAAGACCUUCCUCCUGAGACAGCUGUGAAGGCCGCUAAGGCCGCUGAACACCACGCUCCUGAGAACCGAAAGGGGCCUUCUGGCUCAUCUAAAUCUGCCGCAGUUCCCUCGAGCCCAGCCAAACCAUCUGAACAAGAAGCAGAGACUGCGGUCGAGCGCAAGCGCCGUUUAGCAGCGCUCUCGAACCAGGAGGAGGAGACCAAGGAAGAGACUACCGAAACGCCAGCUGAGAGGCGACGAAGAGAGGCUGCGCUAGGCGUUGGCAACCAAGCUGACGAUAGUGAUGACGAGGGGACAGAAAGAGUGCCGCCUAACCGACGAGGCAUUACAUUUGCCGAUUCGACAAGGCCUGGAAGAGGAAGAAGUGCGCAAUAA